CUUCGAAGUCUUUUCACAUUUAGAAUAUUCACAACUCUGCCCAAUUAAAAAAAUCAAACUUUUCGACAAAGAAUUUUGCAGUAAUUGCGAGAAUUUUUUAUUACAGCUUUUCGCAAACAAUCAGUCUGACUAAAUUUAAUCGAAAUUCAAAUUGCACUCGUUUAGUUGCAUCAGCAAUCACAAGGAGGUGUGGUUGCUCAGCCCGCGGCAUAUGCCUUUCAGGUUUUCAUGGAACAGAGUUUUCGAUACCUAUCCGUGAUUGGCCCGGAACAUUGGCGAUUUUUAAUAUGCCAGCUUUUGUCAUUGUUAUCCGGCUAUGCAAUGCGGAAAUGCAUACCACCAUGUAUAGAAAAUUCCAAACGACGUCAUUUCUUUGAGUUUAUCAGUGGACUAAUAAUCCUCUACAUUGGCUAUGGAUCUCUUGUUAUUCAUAUGUUUGCUCAAGCUAUUCCAGCAUAUCUCAUGAUGGUCUUUCUUCCACUAUCUAUCGCUCAGUAUGGUAUUCUUAUUUUUUCGAUGAUGUAUCUAUCCGGAGUACAUAUUCAUAAAUUUGUCCGCAAUCCUUCUAUUGACAUUACUGCUCCCUUGAUGGUGCAGACGCAAAAGUUGUCUUCCUUAGCCUUCAAUAUAAAUGAUGGUGUAAAGCUGGCAAAAGAAGGAGUUGUUGACCGUGACUAUCACAGACUUAAUGCUGUAGAGCGCCGACCUCGCCUUCUGCAACUAGGUGGAUACUUAUUUUCAUUUCAUAACGUAAUGAUUGGUCCUUUCAACUUCUUUGCCGAUUAUCUAAGAUUUGUCCAAGGUCAGGAGUCAGAACGUUUGAUGGACGAAAGUGAUAAAAAGCGCUUUGAGGAAAAUAAAGAAGAGAUACGCCUUGCCAAAGCUGAAAAAUGGAAACAGGUAAAACUUCUCUUACUUCAUACCAUAUUGACAAUAUGGGCAUUGUCAAGCUUUAAACCAGAAUACUUUUUAUCUGAUGAUUUUGCUAAAAAAAAUUAUCUUCAAAAAUAUAUCUACUUAUCAAUUGCGUGUUUUGGUUUUCGUCAAAGAUUCUAUUUUGCUUGGACUGUUAGUUGUUUGUCAAAUUUAAUCGCUGGUUUUGGAUUCUCUGGAUUCGAUAGUAAAGGUGAACCUGAAUAUCGUUUUGCUACUAAUAUCUACUUUUUACCUAUUGAACUUGGUACUAGUACAAAAAUAAUUUUAGAUUCAUGGAAUACAGCUACAACACGUUGGUUACGUGAAUGCAUUUACGAUCGUGUACCAAAACGUUAUGCUGUUUGGGUAGUUUUUGUUGUAUCAGCCAUGUGGCACGGAUUCUAUCCAGGUUAUUAUUUGGCUUUUGUGUCGGCAGCAUUAAUUACAGUAGCUGGAAGAGUUGGUCGUAAACAUCUCAGACCAUAUUUUCUUCAUUCAUCUGGAUUGCACUGCUUCUAUGAUGUCCUUACUAAUCUGAGUGCUAUGCUGUGCUUAAAUUACUUGGGUGUUCCAUUUCUUCUAUUGACUACUGAUAAAGUUUUACAUUUCUGGAGACAAAUGCGUUUCAUUGGACAUAUUGGUCCAUUAGCCCUGAUAAUCGGCCUUCCAUUAAUAUGUGGUAAACCUGGACAGUUAUAGAUGCCUACCAAUGUUUUAUAAAUCCGCGUUCACAUUUCACCAUAACAGCAACAACAACCCUUUCACCCUUCCCCUGCCAUACUAACAUAAAUGUGUAGAAAAUGAAGUUUAAAACGAGAAAAAAACUAUUCAUUGUGUUAGUUAGUUAGUUCAUUCAUUCAUUCAUGUGAUCUAAUAAUUACUGCUCAUUUGUGUUUAUGAUAUUGGAAAGGAGGAGAGCUAGAGAGAGAGAGAGAGUAAGUCACUGGGGUGGUGAAAUAAACAAAGGAGAAAGCAAUUUUGCAUUUCUAACAUUCAUAUGUUCACCACAGCUGACUUCAUUUCUUCGUUUUCUUCGCCUUCCUAUUACAUCCUUCUAUGAAUUCAUCAUCUCUCCACUAUUGUUAUUGUCAUUAACAUAUACAAAUGAGUGAGCACACAACAUAUUAUUACAUCAGUGUUCUUUUUGGCCUUUUGUUAAUACCAGCUGUUAUUGUACUUUUUCUCCUUUCUUUCUUUCUUUCUUAUCAUUAUUAAAGUUGCAUAACACCUGUUUAUAGUAUUUUUGUUGCUUAAAAUUAAUGGUAAAGUGAAUUAUAUACUUUAUUCUAUGUCAGAGUGUAUGCGUGUAUGUAUGUUUGUGUGUAGACUAACCGUUUUAAAAUAAACAGUUGUGAAUGUACACUCCAUUUCUACCACUACACUUCAUUAAUUACAAAGAUGAAUAAAUAUUUACUUACCUAUAAGGUCGGGGUGGGGGUGGAUGGUGGUAUGUACGUAUUAAGUAUCAAUGUUUAUUUUUAUUAACAGUUCCUUUCAUUCCUUUUGUCGUUUUAUUUUGUCUUUGAGAAAUAAAAACAGAAAAAUUGAAAAUAAUAAUCAUAAUAACAGUAAUAUUAUUAUAUAUUUGUGAAAUCUAUUCAUGUAUAUUGUUGUGUUAGUGUAUGUAUAUUUUCAAGCAUUAGUUUUAUUUUUAAGGAUAUGAUUAGUUGGUGCUAAACAUUCCGAAAUGACUAGAGGAAGUUAAAACUCCAGCGGCAGUGGAAUUCCUUCCCAGUAGCUAACCUUGUAACCUGAAGAUCCUAGAAUCGAUCCUUAGUGAAGGGUCAUAGGUAGUACAUACUGAUGAAG